AAGCAGUCGCUCGAGGGAGGGUAUAUGUUCUUCCUAUCUUUUCAAGCUUCUUUCAGUCUGUACAAAGCUGCAGUAUCGAGCACAUCGUACGAUUAAUCGGACGCGUAUCUCUCAUAAUGUAAAAUUAUUGUCUUAGAUCCGGUGUGUGUAAAACAAAGUUUUUUUAAAUAAUUGAAAGAAGCGAUAUAAUAAAUUGGAAAUAUGAAAGUGGACGAUAUAUUUAGUAAAUCGUUGGAAAUUUGCCUUCGAAUUUUGGGCAUUUGGCCGGACUCGUCAUAUGUUCUGUUACGAAGAUUAUUCUGGAUCAUUGCGCUUCUAAUCGAGCAAUAUUUUCAUUAUCAAUAUAUUAUAAUACAUUUCCAUUCGACCGAGUUUUUCGAAGUAAUGAACUUGUUAGGUGAAACACUGUCAUACUCGAUAUUCUUAAUUAAACUUAUCCUUUUGUGGUAUAAACAACGAACAUUUGACAGGAUAUUAACGAUGAUGGCGAUCGAUUGGGAGAAGUGUUAUAGCGCGAAAUUCAGUAUGUUCGCGAUGACAUGCAAUGCCAAGCUGUCCCGACGUUUCACUAAUAUGACAGUGGUCCUUUAUUCGAUGGCUGUAAUUUUUCACAGUAGCAAUAUUGUGAUGAAACACACAAACGACGAUGAAGCUUCCAAUACUUCCACUCGACCGCUUCUUACGGACAUGGAUCUACCAUUUAACUACAAUCGAGCAUACGUAUACGAGCUGAUCAUAAUUAUUCAAUUUCUUCACGUAUGGUUGAGCUCCUGUGCAAUCGGUCUAUUAAACGCUUUAUUAAUAAAUUUGAUAUUGCACGUAGGUGGUCAAAUCAAUAUCCUUUGCGAAUGGUUGAUGGAAAUGUUUCCAACAAAAGAGAAGCGCAGUCCGAGUCUUUCGAUAAAAAAAAUAAUCAAGAAACAUCAGCAAAUCAUCACCUUUUCAGAGUAUAUCGAAGAUCUGUAUUCGAAUAUUGCAAUGGUGCUGUUUGUGUCGGAUACUUUCAUUAUCUGCUGUUUAGGUUUUGUAAUGGUCGCGUCAGUUGGAACACCGGAUGCCGCAAAAAUUAUAAUGAGGACACUCUUAUUUUAUUUUGUUAUGAAUAUGGAAGCGUUUGUGUUCUGCUUCGCUGGAGAAUAUUUAAGUACCAAGAGUGACAGUAUCGGGGAUGCUGCAUAUAAUUCAUUCUGGUACGAAUCAAAUUCUAAAGAUAGUCGGAUUAUAUUGUUCGUGAUAAUGAAAUCACAGAGACAACUAACCAUUACAAUUGGAAAAACUAUGAAUUUGUCUUUACAACAAUUUAGCAGUAUUGUAAAAGCUUCAGCCUCGUACAUUUCAGUUUUACUUGCGAUGAAUUAAAGCGAAACUAAAUCUUGUAUCAGCAGUUAAAUCUUGUAAUUAUCAGCUUUUUAAUAAGCGUU